CUGUGCUUAGGUUAAUACAAACAAGGCUUAGAUCAUUCCCACAUUGUAUCGCCAAGUAUAAACAUCAGCUCUCUCUCUCUCCAGUGAAUAAUUUUACUACAUUUUCUACUCGAACAAGUUAAACCCCGUUUUUGAAUUUACAAAAAAAAACCAUGGAUCCUAAAGUCUCGUUUUCUGACCUCUCCGAUGGAAGCGGAAGGCGUGGUGACCGGGCUCUGAAAACUUGUGGCCGCUCGGUGGGCAAGUUGCAUGAGGAGAUCACGCGACUAAGAAAGGAAAACUUUCAUCUGAAACUGGUCAACUAUGAAUUAGAGGAGACUAAGCGUCGCUGCCAAGGAACUGUUAUGCUGCCUUCCGACGAUUCUUUCAAGAUCAAAGAACUCGAGGAUGAGCUGCGAGAAACACUACGAACGCUUAAAGUGCUGCGCAAAGAAAGCUCCAAUCUCAAAAAGAAAAUGUCUCAGCUGCACGAUUACGAGUCGGACAAUAAAAGAUUAACCGAAGCCCUCUUGGAGAAGAAUGUGUUGCUAAAGGACGCAGCCAUGAUAAUAUCAAAACUUGAGGACCAUAAUUACAAAACUGAUAGCUUUGUGGAUGGAGUCAAAAAGCUGACAAGGGACUAUGAUGAGGAGCGAAAGCGAUGGUAAAUAAAAAAGGAGAGCGAGUGGCACACACACACACACACACAAGGCGCUACAGUUGCGACAGGAUCAGAAGGAUACAAGGCGGAGCGAACAUACAAUUUCACAAGACGGAAAGUUCACACUCCCCAGGAGUUGUUCUACCAAAAGUAAAUAUCAUAAAAAAAAACAACUGCAGAAAUUCUCAAAAAAAAAAAUUAAAUUCCAUAGAAUUAAGUUAUGAUUAUAAUAAUGUUGCUGCAAAAAAAAAAAGAAGAAAUUUAAAAAGUACAAAAAAAUUAAUUUCAUGGAGAAAAGUAGCCACAACAAAGUUAUAUUUCAUUUUAAAUCAGA